AUGGCAGAUGUGGCGCAACCGGUGCAGAUCUCCUCCAUCUCCUCCUCUCCCUCUCCAUCUCUCCCGUCGCCGAUCCCUAGGGUUCGAAUUAGGGUUUCGAAGGCGACAUCGCCAUUCCGCACGAAGCCGAUCCCGGAGAUCCGUGCGGUGGAGGCCUCCGUGCGCCGCGAGAUCCAGGAGAAGAAGGAGGAGCUGCGCCAGCUCGUGGGGCGGAGCUACCGCGACCUCAUCGACUCCGCCGACUCCAUCCUCCUCAUGAAGUCCUCGUGCGAGUCCAUCUCCUCCAACCCCGCCCGCGCCCGCCUCUACGGCGUCGCGUCCCGCGUCAAGUACCUCGUCGACACUCCCGAGAACAUCUGGGGUUGCCUCGACGAAUCCAUGCUUCUCGAAGCUUCCUGUCGCUACCUCCGAGCCCGGGAGGUCCACGGCCUCCUCCUCGCCCCUCGCGGCGCGGGCGCUGCCGCCGAUCUCGACGUGCUCGCCAAGUUCCCCCUGCUGCGGCACCAGUGGCAGAUCGUCGAGAGCUUCAAGGCCCAGAUCUCGCAGCGCAGCCGCGAUCGCCUCCUGGACCGGGGGAUCGGCGUUGCCGCCUACGCUGACGCCCUCGCCGCCGCCGCUACGAUCGACGAACUCGACCCCAAGCAGGUGCUUGCGCUGUUCCUCGACUCGCGGAAGUCGUGGAUCUUGCAGAAGCUCGGGAGCGCCACCUCGGAUCUGGAUUCAUGUUCUUCUGUGCUCUGUGAUGUGGCGGGGACAAUUCGGAGCACUUUGGGGCAGGUUGGAGAGCUCUUCGUGCUCGCUUCGAAUGAGAUGCCUCUGUUCUACCAGACCAUGCUCACCUCACCUCCUGGGACGCAGCUCUUUGGGGGCAUCCCAAAUCCAGAGGAGGAGGUGAGGCUUUGGAAAUCACAUAGGGAGAAAUUAGAGUCUGUGAUGGUUUUACUUGAGACGAAUUUCGUCGCUCAGACCUGCUCAUUGUGGUUGGAGGACUGUUGUGAUGAGAUUUUUGGAGAAUUGUCUGGGGGAAAGUUAUUGAUUGAUACGAUUGGAAGCGGAGAGGGAUUGGGGUCUGCAGAGAAGCUUCUCCGAGAUUCUUUGAACGGACGGGAAGGGCUGGAGGAGAGCUUGGAGCAGUGGCUGAGGAGUGUCCUUGGUACGGAAGUCGAGUCACCAUGGGACCAGAUUCGCGGUCUUAUCUUGAAGGAUGGGAAGGACAUUUUGGAAGAUCGGUUGGAGAAGGUAUUUAUGCAGAGGAUGAAGGGGAUUGUGCAUUCAGAGUUUGAGAACUUGAGUAAAGACCUUAAUUUGGGGAGUUCGAUCGAGACUAUUGUGGCCAACACUGAUUCUAAAGAGGGGAAUGAUUUUGUAACCUACAUGCGUAAAUUUUCAACUGGUGGAGGGGUUUGGUUUGCAGAGACUAACCAAAAGAAAGUAGGCAUUCUGCAUACCUUGAAACCAAUUCCUGAUGAGAAUGAUUUCCAGUCUUGUCUAAAUUCAUAUUUUGGACCUGAAGCCAGUCGAAUUAGAGAUGCACUGGACAGUAAAUGCCGAAUCAUUUUGGAGGAUCUCUUAAGCUUCGUAGAGUCUCAUAAUUCGACUUUGAGGUUAAGGGAAUUAGUGCCAUAUCUUCAGGAGAAGUGUUUCAAGACCAUCUCGAUCAUAUUAAAGGAACUGGAAGACGAGCUUGGUAAGCUGUCUGGUUUGUUAGGAAGCUACAAUGUAGAUAAGCCUUUAUUAACACCUUCAGUGAUUGUUGAAAGAUCUCUUUUCAUUGGUCGUCUAUUGUUUGCAUUAAGAUAUCAUUCAAGCCACAUACCCUUGAUGCUUAGUUCUCCAAGGCAGUGGAUUAAAGAAACAGGUGGUGCAGCAUUUAAUAUUUCAUCUUCACCUUUAUCGCGGCAAUCUAAGGUCUCUUUUGAGUCUCCAUUUUCCACCACACCCAGAAAACAAUCAUUUGAGAGCCUUAGAAGCCCCAAAAAGCAACAUUUGGAUAGCCCUAGAAGGCAAACAGUUGCAGCAGCUGCUGCAUUAUUUGGGGGAGAUGACAGCAAGAACUCAAGGCUCAAUGAACUAAAUAGAACAUUGCAAGAGCUAUGCAUCAAAGCUCAUAGCUUGUGGAUAAUAUGGGUUUCUCGCGAGCUAGCAAACAUUCUUUCGGAGGAUCUCAAGAAAGACGAUGCAUUAUCCGCCUCCACUCCUUUACCGGGUUGGGAAGUCACAGUAGUCAAACAAGAGGGAUCAACUGAGGGUCCAUUGGAGAUGCAAAUAGCACUACCAUCUAUGCCUUCAUUGUACAUUAUUUCUUUUCUUUUCCAAGCAUGCCUUGAAAUUCAUAAAGUUGGAGGUCAUAUAAUCGACAAAGUUGUAUUGCAAAAUUUUGCAUCAGAGCUAUUAGAGAAGGUGGUGGGUGUCUAUGAAAGUUUUCUAUCAACUAUUGAGAGUGGUGAAUCACGGGUUUCAGAAAAAGGAAUUUUGCAAGUAUUACUUGAUCUACGAUUUGUUGCUGACAUUCUUUCUGGAGGCAAAAGUUCCGGAGUAAAUGCGAAAGAGGAACCCUCCAGAAGUAUGAUAUUGAAGACUUCAUUUAGAAGAAAGCCAUUGCAAGUCCAUGCUGAUUCUGCAACCAUAGAGCCUGUAACAAGAUUAAUUAGCAGGCUUUCACAGAGGCUGGAUCCAAUCGACUGGGCUACGUAUGAACUGUAUCUUUGGGAGAAUGAGAAGCAGUCCUACAAGCGAUAUGCUGUUCUCUUUGGAUUUUUUGUUCAACUUAAUCGCCUGUACACAGAAACUGUACAAAAGUUGCCGACAAAGUCAAAUACUGAUUCCAAUAUAAUGAGAUGUUCCCAAGUUCCACGAUUUAAGUACCUUCCAAUCAGCGCUCCUGCCUUGUCGUCAAGAGGAACUCAUAAAUCAUCUGUACAAACUUCAUUGGACGACCCAUCAUCAAGAAGUCCUCUAAAAUCAUAUUCGAGAGGAGAACAGUCUACGAAGCCGGAAUUUGAUGAUAGUCCAAGUUUUGGAGUUGCAACACCGUUGCUGAAGUCUUUCAUGACCCAGGUUGGCAGCAAAUUUGGAGAGAGUACAUCAAGGUGGGGAUCUAUGCUUUCCGACGGCCAAGUUGGCAAGUUGUCUACAUUCGGCGACAUUCUCCCCGGCCCGGCUGCUGGCCUCCUCUCAUCUCUCACAUCCGGCAGUGCCCGGUUCGACUCGUAAUUUGCUUCUGAGACACAUCCAAAGUGCGCAAACUACAUCAACUGAUCAAAGAAGCAUGGAGCUACAAAUUGCUAGUCCCUGCAGAGCUGAAAUUCACUGAAGAUGAUGACCUCAAAGAAGCUGUUUACGUAGUUUUGGGGAUUAAAGGAGUUCGACACCAAGUUUCAAAUCAUUCGUUCAAUACAUAAACUUAGAAUCGGGAGAGUGAGCAGAUCCAUUGUACAAAAAAAAGGAAAAAAAAAGAAAAAAAAUUAUAUUUCAUCCUCUUCGUGCUAUUGUAGAGAAUGGAGGAAGAAUGUACGAAUGCGAGCAUUGUCGAAGCCCUUGAGCAUUUUUUCCCACACAUGCUUUGUAAUUUAGGUUGUUUCCCACAUGUGCUGCAGGGUGGACAUUUGAUCCUGCAGUUCUCUAUGGAGGAUUUUACAUGAAUAUAAAAAGAAUGGCAUUGCUUUCUGCAAAACUGAUAUGUUCUCAGGGGCUACUAUCUGUGUAUUUAAGUGAAGAACAUUAUCUUGUUUCAUUAAUGCAGAGAAUAUGGUGGUCAUUAA